CAUAUUGACAUUUUGUAUUUUGAAAUCGAAUAUAAAUAGACCUACUAGAUUGUACGUUAGUAUGCAUUUUGAAAUCGAACAUGCAUACAGGUAUAUAUAUAAGUGCGUUUUGUCGAGAUAUUAAAAAUACCGGGAUUUUAUACAGCAACUAAACGUUUCAACAUUAGAUAAUGGAUGAAAAAACAGACUUGCGUGUUGCAGAUGAUAAAACGGCUGGUGUAAAAUCGGGAACAUUUCUAAAAUCGAAAUGUCUGCUUUUCCUUCUAAUCGCAAUUCAUGUGCUUUGGUUUGGUAUGGGAGUGGCGAAAAUCCUUAUUGGUGCAAUGUAUAUUGAUGAUUGCGACCGUUUACAAAUGAUUCCAAUCUGGCUAAUUGUGGACGCAUUCAUACCAAUCCUCUUUGUCGUCGGAUUUGUACCUUAUUAUAAAGAGAGUACUAGUGACACUAUGAGACAGUAUGGCCGGAUUUGUCUGAUCGUAGCGUUGAUUGUGCACUUAGCCUGGUUAGCUUGUGGUUGCAUACUGAUCUUUCCGGACUGGAAUGCAGACGAGCACUGUGACAAUGUGCUAGAGUCAUUUACCAAAGCUGCGGUUAUCGUCAACUGCAGUGUGAUCGGCUCCUGGGGUCAGAUUGUCUUUCGACUGAUCUUUGUUAAGUGUUGCAGCAAAAAGACGACAAAUUGUGGAUCUCAAAACUAACAAGACAUUACGGAGGAUGGUCUUUGAAGACUUCUUUUUUCUAUACCGUACUCUUACGUCAAAGCAGCCGUGGAUUAUCUGGUUUUCAUUUACAACCGACGAUAUAUGAGAUCAUUGGCUUUUUAAGAGUGUCAGAAAAGGACUGCCGUUGCCUGAUUGUUAAUUCUUAUUGGAUAAGUUAUAACAUAACCAUAUAGAUACAAUUAAAUAUAUCAUUUUGGAGGGUCAGUGUUUGUACUACCUGUCUGAAAGAAUGACAGACAUUUUUUUAACAUUAUGUCUUCUUAAAGAUUCAACUGUCAUUUGUUGUUCUGGUAUGUUGUCACCUUCUUGUAUUUUUCUCGGAGCAAAGAAGUUGUCAUAUUAAAUGGUUCACUACAUGUAUCCUCUCCAGAAUGUAUCAUUAAGGCUCACUGCUAUAAUCUGAAUUUGUGCAGUGGCAAUGAUAUUUCUUAAAACAAUAGAUUUGUAGUGAUUUUUCAAUUGUUUGAUAAAGGAGAAGUAUAUUAUAUCACAAAUAGACAUAAUAGUAUCCUGAUAUAUUUGUUGGUAUUUGUUUCUUUGAACUGAUUUUGUCUGUCAUUUUCUAAAAUUCUUUCAUGCCCAACUUCGAAGAAGCGGGGGUAUAGUCCUUUGCACCUUUCGGUCAGUCUGUCAGUAGAGCGAAUGGUUUCCGGCCAAUAACUUGAGAACCACUUAAUUACGAACAUUAAAACUUGGUAGUACUAUUGGGUUAAUGAAAUAGAUGACCCUUAUUGAUUUUUGGGUGGAAAGCUACGGGACACUGAACAUUGAGAACUAUUUAUGCACGGAAACUUGAGAAUCACUUGACCAAGAACCUUGAAAUUUGACAAAUUGACUGGACUUUAUGAAGUAGAAAACCUCUGUAGUUUUUGGGCUCAGUAAGUCAAAGCUCAAUGUCAUAUGGGCCUAAACUUUAGCACCACUUUACCCAGUAUCUUCAUACUUGAAAGCAUGAUUGAAGUUGACGACCCUUUUUGUUUUGUGGGUAAGUAGGUCAGGGUCAAAGUGAUCAAGGGUCUGUAAAUGGUAAACCGAUCAUAGGGGCAUAUGUGUUUUUUACAAAAAAGACUUUUUAUUUUAUUGAUAUUUAGUGUAAAAUUACUCCACAUAAAACAGGUCAUACAUGUGUUCUGAGUAGAUUACUUUGCUCCUACACUGUGUUGUUUGUUCCUUAAUAUUGUAUUAUAUAAGUUUUAGUGACGAAGCAGUCAUAUGCAUUUCAUGUUUCAUAAUUUUGAUUAAUUGCGGAAUUACACGUACGAGCUUCUGGACUAUAAAAUCCUAGACGGCACAAUUAGCAUGCUCGAAUGUUACAUGAAAUAGCAGUGAAUAUAUAUAGACAUUUGUACAUUGUUUGAGUUAGAAUAAAUUUUGAAUUUACCAUUUAAAA